UCAGCUGGCCAAGCCACUGGUGGCCACUGUUCCUAGUGGUGGAAGAAGAAGAAGCUGGCCAAGCUCCUUGGACGAAGAAGGAGAAGAAUCGCCCUUAGUCGAUAACGGCCACUUCCCCGAGGGCGAAGAAGCAGCAGCAGCAAUGGCGAAUUCGGAAGCUUUCAUCGUUGUCCAGGAUGCGAGCGGUUCUUCGUGGAAUUCCCCAGAGGAGGGGACGACAGCCGGACAAGCCAGCAACAAAAGAUAUGCUAUAGUGGCUAUGAUGGCUAUGAUGGUUUUCGCCGUCUUGGUCCUGGGCAUCGCUGCAGCAGCUGUCUGGGUUCUGGUUAACAAAGAACAAAGUACGACGGAGAAAGCUCACACACCGCUAUCUCCUGGAAACGUAAAGAUUCGAAAACUCUCGCCGAGGCCGAGACCUCCUGAAGCGAACUACGGAGAUUAUGAAGAUACCACAGCGACGCCGGCGGAAAGAACCAGCCCGCUGAGCGAAGACGUCUGCGACAGCGAUCAUUGCCGGUACGUCCGCGAGUACUUUGAGGCUAUCAUAGACACGGACAAGGACCCGUGUGACAACUUCUACGCGUUUACCUGUGGCAUGACUGAGCAGCUGAGAAAGAGCGGCGUGUACGUAGAUAAGAGGUAUCAGAAUGUUGCUACACGAAAUUUGACCGAAGCUAUACAGAAAAAAUUGGAGAAAGAACACAUUCCCGCACGUGGGAGAACUCCUUUUCAGCAGUCAGCAGCGCUGUACAGACAUUGCACCCAAGUUGACAAAAAUGAGUCUGCGAAAGCCGCCUCAGACUUCUUAGCCCAACAUCAGAUGGAUCCAAGAGGAAGCAUGUCCUUUGACCCGUUGGACGUCAUGGUUAAAUUCAUAUUCGAAACUAACAUUCCGUUAGUUUUCAAGUUGGAGCAAGAAGAUUACGGUUCUCCAAAUUUUACGCUGCGGCAGAUCACCGAAGACUCAUUGUUGUUGAAAUAUUCGAGUAUAGGCGAAAUUAUGUCGAAAUUAUUCUUGACGCCCGUCAGCGAUGACCUUGUCCAACGCAUCACUGAGGCAGAGCACAAGAGAAGUGAAGUCAGCAACAUGUCAAGAACUGGCAGCCUAGUGUCAAAUGGCAGCAACGCUGUCAAGGUAUUCGAGUUGGGGAAAUUAGGUCUGGAAAACGGGGACGACACUCUCUCAAAGGCAUGGACUAAAGCCCUCGAGCGCUACGAAUCAUCUCGUCCCCUUCAAAACAUGAAGAUAAGCAUGACCGAGGCCGACUUUGGAUUUUUUCAUCGCGUCUUCGGAAAACAAAGGCUCAUUUCGGAUGAGGAACUGAGAUGGUUAUUCGCCUGGAGAUGCACCCUCUACCUCUAUGAAGUGGCGGUGUACAAGACCUUCUGGUGCAUUAACACGGUCCUCGGGGCCAUGUCAGUCCCAGCGGGUUCUACAACGGUCUUUCCGAUGGUUGACGAAGAAACAGUUAGCGCUGCCAGAGAAGUGGCCGAAAGAAUCGUGAACGAAAUUAAAGAAUCCUUUAAGACAUGCUCGUGGAUCGAUGAGGAAACACGCUCCGGAGCCUUACAGAAAAUAUCUAAGCUGAAGGUCCGCCUGGGAUACCCGCCUAAACUGAAUACGUCCCAAAAAGUCGAUGCGUUCUACAAGGACUUACCCGACUUAAACGGCCCUUUUGUCCUGGAUUAUCUAAAGCUGAACGCAUUUCAAACAAAGAAGGACUGGAAAGGUGUAGCGGAUGGUUUCUCCGAUUAUUUCUACGACCUGGCGGUCCCUCUGAAUGCGAACGAAGACAAUGGCUUCAACAUGCUUAGCGCGAACUUCAUCUCAGUGGGUGUCCCUUUCCUCCUGAAACCGCUCUUUAGCGCAGGUGGCCCCCCUGAGAUCAACUAUGGCAUGCUGGGAUCCAUAACGACGCACGAGAUAAUGCACGGCUAUGAUCAAGAGGGCCGUCUGAGGGAUGGCAACGGGGCCUUAUCUCCGUGGUUUACGCGGAAGAGUCUUGCGGAGUACAAGAUCCUGGAGCGGUGCUAUGUGGAACACGUGGACAGUGUCCCGAAAGCGAGGUCAUUCGUUGCUUUCGCGCAGGAAUACCAGGCAGACGCCCUCGGCACUUUAUCCCUCUUAAGGGCGUACCAGAAGGCUGCCAGAGAAUCCAGGGUACAUCUGGGUGACGUGAAAGGCCUGUCGAGAGAUCAGCUUUUCUAUGUCACUCUCUGUGUACACUGGUGCGGACAACCGCUGACUAUAUCUGAAGGAUCGACACACCCACCUCCGGAUGAGAGAUGCAACGUGCCUCUCAUGAACUCUGCGUACUUUAGCAAGGUAUUUUCUUGCCCACCCAACUCUCCGAUGAAUCCGCCGCAAAAAUGCUUAUUUUGGUGAACGACGCGCUAAAAAUGGGCGCAUUUUUUCGAACAAUGCGCGAUUUAUUAAAGCACGACCACCGACGGAGCUGGUCUCGUUAUUGGU